AUGGUCACAGAAGAAGAAGGGAGGGGUGAAGUAAAGGCUUUCGAGGAAAGCUGGAAAAAUCUAGAAUGGGCAAAACCACUCACAAAGGCUAGCUUGCCGGACAUACAAUUUCAGUGUACCUAUCCGCCAACCAUGAGAUUAGUUCGACAACUUGCAGCUACUCGGAGGGCUCAUAUUGAGGCAUGUGGUUUUGGACACUUGUUGCAGAUGCCAAAUAUUCAUGUGAAUCACGAAUUGUUGAGUGCAUUAGUCAAGAGAUUUUAUUCAGAGCAUAACACAUUUCACCUGCCCACCGGGGAGAUGAAUAUCCCUCCUGAGGACAUAUACAAGAUUCUAAGGAUUCCAUUUUCAGGUGGCAGAGUGGAUUAUGAUUCGUCUCCUCAGGUGGGGACUACAACAUUACACAUGGUUUUCCAGGAUGACAGUCUUAUAUUACGAUCCAUUUCACAAGAUGACUUGAUGAGCAGAUAUGGAGGAAGAUUUCCCAUUGCUUGUGUGUUGGCUAGAUUGAUAGGAUGCUUUGUUAUGCUAGAUAGAGGUCAACAGGGAUUCUUGUGUGGUUGGGGGAGGAUUUUGGAGAUGUUAAUUUCUCAGUCGAGGAGAUUAGGUUGGGGAUCUUGCUUGCUAGCACACAUGUAUCAUGAGAUGCAUGAGAUUGCAUACCAAGAUGCAAAGAGCAUGGCUGCUAGAGUUCUUAUUCUACAUAUAUGGGCAUGGGAGCAUAUCCCAGUUUGCAAACCAAUGGUUGAUGAUUCGAGAGAGGCACAUCAGCCCAUUGUAUGCUGA